AUGCGUCCUACUAAAUGGAAAGAGGCUGACUGUGGUGAAAUUUUGAAAAAAAUUAAGCUCCAUCUUCACACUUGGUCUAGUAGACAUUUAUCUUAUGUAGGAAAGGUUCAGCUUAUUACCUCUGUUCUUCUUGAACUGCGUAACUAUUGGAUGAAAAUUUUCUUAUUGCCUCAAAGUGUUAUCAAAGAAGUUGACAAGUUAUGUAUGUGGUUUCUUUGGGGUAACAAUGGGGCUAGGAGUAAUUUUCAUCUCACUGCCUGGUCUAAAGUUUGUUUGCUGAAAUCUCUUGGAGGAUUGGGCUUUGGUGAAGGAUCUAAAUGGAACAAGGCCAUGCUUGGGAAGUAUAUUUGGGCAAUAAACCAUCAACAGGAGACUUUAUGGGUUAAGUGGAUUCAUGCGGUGUACUUAAAAGGUAAUAAUUUCUGGCACUACCAGCUCAAGACAGACAUAAGUUGGUAUUGGAAAAAACUUUGCCAAUUACGUAACUUGUUUGCUCAGGAGGACAUUGAUAAUGCGAGUAGUCAUGGGAAGUUUAAAAUUGGGCUGUUGUAUGCUAGGCUUAUUCACCAAGUUUCGGUCAAAUAUCAUCAGUUUGUUUGGAGCCGAAUGAGUAUUCCCAAGCAUAAAUUCAUCACAUGGCAAGUUGUUAACUCUAAAAUUUUAACCAGAGAUCAUCUUCUUAGAGUGUUUAUGGUUCUUGACUCUGUUUUAUGCCCUGUUUAUGAGCUGGUUGAUGAAAGCCGCAACCACUUGUUUUUUGAAUGCCUUUUUUCUCAGCAGGUGGUUCAGCUGAUUCAAGGUUGGGUCAGAUGCACUUGGCCUCUUUGUUUCACUGCUUGGAUUGUUUGGAUUGAAGACAUGAAGGGGGGUAUUCAUGCUUAUUUAGUGGCUGCUGUUUUCUCAGCCACUGUUUAUUAUCUUUGGCAUAACAGGAACAUUUGUUAUAUUCAUCACUAUUCUCUUAGUGUUAAAGCUGUCAUAGAAUUGAUCAAAAAAGACAUCAUGUUUAGGCUUAGUUGUUUUACCCAUAAGAAUGUAAGAGGCAUUAAACUUAGCUACUGA